AUGAUUAUUCAAUUCGCUUUUAUUUCAAUUCUUUAUUUUACAUUUAUGUUACCCGAAAUCAUUGUUGGUGUCAUUGAAGCUCUGUGGGAUUCAACAUUUCUGAGUGACAUUCAGUAUUCGGCUUAUUUUGUUAAUCAAUUCUUACCUUUUAUCAUCGUUGGUUCAUUACCAAAUAUUUACAAACAAUUUCGAGAAUGGAUUCAAUUUAUUAAAAGGGCAAUUUGUCUCAGAGGACAUAUUGAACCCUUAUAA